CAUCUUCCCAUUUUCUCUCUCUACCCUUUUUCUUUGCUGUUUUAAGAAAAACAUUGCGAAUAGGGAGAAGGGUGAGAGAGAUAAAAGGGGAACAAAAGAACUGCAAAAAAAUUGAACUUUUUUUUUCCUAAAAAACCUCAAUUAGAAGAGCGAUUAUCGCUUCAUCUUCCCCGAAACGACUUCGUCAGGACAUUUUUCGAUUUCAGUAUUAGAAAAUUUUGAGAUUUUGAAUUAAUUUUCUAUCUGUGUUUUGGUUAUUGGAAGAGGCUGUUUAAACAAUUAGAUUUUUUUCAGGUUGCUUUUGUUGCCAUGGCUGCUGCUGCGACUGCCUCUGGUGGUCCACGAUAUGCUCCGCCUGACCCUACUCUUCCCGAACCAUGGAAAGGCCUGGUUGAUGGAAAAACUGGUUAUCUCUACUUUUGGAAUCCGCUAACAAAUGUCACGCAAUAUGAGAGGCCUAGAGGGAUAGAUUCUGUCCCAAAAUCUUCUUCAGUGCCUAUGGGUUCUUCAGUUCUGGUUCAACAAUCUUCUGAAGGGCGUUAUAGGUAUAGCUCUGAGAAGGAAAAUGACCGGCGUGGAAGAGGCUGCAAUGCUGUAUCAAAACUUGAGUCAAUAUUAGGGGGUAAUCAGAAUUCAAGAGGCGGACCAUUUCAUUCCCUUAAUGCACCUAAUGGGACUUCCAGCUGUGUGAUUGGGGGAUCUUUUGCUAGAGGACAAGGAUCAGCAGCUGGGGAAAGUAAUUUGUUUGGUGAUGCUUAUUGUCGUCAGCAUGAGAUAACAGUAUCUGGAGGUGAAGUGCCACCGCCUUUUUCAUCAUUUGAAUCUACUGGUUUCCCUCCUGAGAUACUUAGAGAGGUGCACAAUGCUGGGUUUUCUGCUCCGACUCCCAUUCAGGCUCAGUCAUGGCCUAUUGCACUACAAGGUAGAGACAUAGUGGCCAUUGCGAAAACUGGUUCUGGGAAAACAUUGGGUUACCUACUUCCUGGAUUUAUGCAUCUCAAGCGUUGCCAUAACGAUCCUCAAAUGGGUCCAACUGUGUUAGUUUUAUCACCAACUAGGGAGUUGGCUACACAGAUACAAGACGAGGCACACAAAUUUGGGAAGUCUUCAAGAAUUAGUUGCACGUGUUUAUAUGGGGGGGCACCAAAGGGUCCUCAGUUGAGAGAGAUUGAGAGAGGAGUGGAUAUUGUGGUUGCCACCCCAGGCCGGUUAAAUGAUAUUCUGGAGAUGAAGAGAAUCAGCCUCCAUCAAGUUUCUUACCUUGUGUUAGAUGAGGCUGAUCGCAUGUUAGACAUGGGUUUUGAACCUCAAAUACGGAAGAUUGUGAAAGAAGUGCCUACACGGAGGCAGACUCUAAUGUUCACAGCAACAUGGCCAAAGGAGGUCCGGAAAAUUGCAGCAGAUCUACUGGUAAAUCCUGUUCAGGUCAAUAUUGGCAAUAUUGAUGAACUUGUGGCAAACAAGUCUAUUACCCAGUAUGUUGAAGUAUUAUCACCUAUGGAAAAGCACAGAAGAUUGGAGCAGAUACUGCGUUCGCAAGAACCAGGAUCCAAGAUUAUUGUUUUUUGCUCAACUAAGAAGAUGUGUGAUCAACUUGCUCGUAACCUCACUCGGCAGUUUGGAGCUGCUGCUAUACAUGGAGACAAAUCUCAGGCUGACAGAGACUUCGUGCUGAGUCAGUUUCGCACCGGGAGGUCACCAGUGCUUGUUGCAACCGAUGUUGCUGCUCGGGGAUUAGACAUUAAAGACAUAAGGGUGGUAAUCAACUAUGACUUCCCUACUGGAGUUGAAGAUUAUGUUCACAGGAUUGGGAGGACAGGGAGGGCAGGUGCGACCGGAUUGGCAUAUACAUUCUUUGGUGAUCAGGAUUCAAAGCAUGCGUCAGAUCUCAUCAAGGUUCUUGAAGGAGCAAACCAGCGGGUGCCUGCAGAACUUCGUGAUAUGGCUUCACGUGGUGGUGGGAGGGGAAUGCCUAGACGUUGGGCUCCCAGUUCUGGUGGCCGUGAUGAGGGGCGUGGUGGACGUGCUGGUUCAGGAUAUGGUGGUAGGGAAGGUGGAAGAGGUGGUCGAGGAAUUUCCACAUCUUCCUCUAGCUGGCAUGAGAGAAGUGGAGGACGCGGAUAUGAUCGUGAGUCUCGCGACAGUCGUGGUUUCCGUGAUAGUUAUGACAAGGGAAGAAGUCGCAGUCGAAGUCCUGCAGGUUGGGGUGAUCGCCAUAAAACUGGUGUCCGUGACCGCAGCUGGAGUCGUAGUGCUGAAAGGUAUGAUAGUGGUGCUGGACGUCAACGUUCCCCAACGCGCAGUUUUCUUGAGGUGGGGAUGAAACGGGACCGGUUGUCUCCAUCCCAACAGCGUGGGCCACUUCAAAAUAAUUAGAAUUCAAUCGAACACUGAAAUUCAUGUAGCCCAAUUCUUGAGAGGUCAAGGUCACCUUAUGCUGGUGAUCGGGGAAGAUGGUGUGGUGACUCAGCAAGAGAGGGGAAGACGAGUAUAUGCUAAUGGACCUCAGGUGGAAGGCAUGGUACCUCCUGUCAUUGAUCUCUUUUGACCUUUGGAUUUAGUAAUUUGUUGGUUAUGUAAUGCUUUUCUGGUACCGUCUUCUUUCUCAGUUCGAUUCUAGUUAUAUAUAUAUAUAUAUAGUUUCAGAAGUUGAAAUUACAAGGGAUUAUUUGAUGGAUUUUUGGGUUAGACUUUGUAGUAUUUUAGAUGAAUGGAGGAAAAUUUUAGAAGUUUUAAAGGUAAAAUAAAAGUUUGUAAUGUAUCAAGGAUACAAACCUUCAUCUCUUUUAAUCUUUUAAUGUAUUAGUUGUGUGAAA